AUGGACAGUCUUGUUUAUUUGAACUUCAGAGAAUGUACAAGCCUUAAGAGUCUUCCAAAGGGGAUCACUCUGAAAUCUUUGAAGACUCUUAUCCUCAGUGGUUGCUCAAACCUUACAAAAUUUCCAACUAUUUCAGAAAACAUAGAGUCUCUAUAUUUGGAUGGGACGGCAAUUAGAAGAAUUCCUGAAUCUGUAGAGAACCUCCUGCACCUAGCUGUGUUGAGUUUAAAGAAGUGUUGCAGGUUGAGGCGUCUUCCCAGAAAUCUUUGCAAACUGAAAUAUCUUCGAAAACUGGUUCUCACUGGCUGUUCAAAACUGGAGUGUUUCCCAGACAUUGAUGAGGACAUGGAACACUUAGAGGUUUUGCUGAUGGAUGAGACGGCCAUCAAACAGAUACCUAGAACAAUGUGUAUGAGUAAUCUCAAGAUAUUUACAUUUGGUGGAUCUAAAGUCCAGGAUUCAACAGGUUUGGAGCUGCUGCCUUUCUCAGGCUGCUCUCGCUUAUCAGACCUCUAUCUCACAGAUUGCAAUCUCCACAAGUUGCCCAACAACUUCAGUUGCUUAUCUUCACUACAUAGGUUAUGCUUAAGCAGAAACAAUUUAGAAAACCUACCUGAAAGCAUCAAGGAACUUCAUCAACUGAGAUCUCUUGACUUGAAGCACUGUCGAAAGCUCAAAUCACUCCCAGUGCUUCCAUCAAAUCUAAAGUACUUGGAUGCUCAUGAUUGUGCUUCACUGGAAGCAGUAGCAAAGCCCAUGACACUUCUUGUGGUAGCUGAGAGAGUCCAGUCUACAUUCAUAUUCACUGACUGCUUCAAGCUGAACCGAGAUGCGCAAGAAAAUAUAGUGGCUCAUACCCAACUUAAGAGUCAAAUCCUGGCGAAUGUGUCUCUUCAACAUAAUUCUAAGGGACUAGUUCUUGAACCUUUAGUCAGUGUCAGUUUUCCUGGAAGCGACUUACCUUUAUGGUUCCGCCAUCAAAAAAUGGGAUCCUCCAUGGAGACUCUCUUACCUCCGCACUGGUGCGACAAUAAAGUUUUGGGGUUCUCUCUAUCUGUGGUUAUCUCUUUCAAAGACUAUGAAGAGAAAAGCAGCCGUUUCUCUGUAAUUUGCAAGUGCAAGUUGAAGUCCAAGAACGAGAACAGUGAUUGCAUGAGGUUUAUUUGCAAUCUUGGAGGAUGGAAUGAAGCGUGUGGAUCAUCACAUCAAUCACGAAAACUUGGGUCUGACCAUGUGUUCCUCAGUUACAACAACUGUUUCCAUGUCAAGAAAUGUGGUGAAGAUUGCAAUGACCAUAACAUAUGUUGCAACACUGCAGCCUCUUUCAAAUUCUUUGUUACUGAUAACACCAAGAGGAAGCUAGAAAGCUGUGAGGUGGUGAAGUGUGGAAUGAGCUUGCUAUAUGCUCCAGAUGAGAAUGAUUACAGACUCCAGGAAACACUGGGGAAUGACCUCGAGGAAGUGAUCGCCACAAACGAAGCAGAUCAACAUGAAAAUGCCUCGGAUGAAGCUGUUUUGCUCAAGAGAGGUCGUCAUUGUCUGCAAGAUGAGGAGAUAGAGAAUGGGAAAAGAGUAAAGGAAGUAAUCGUCUUGAAUUCAUGA